CAUCACGGCCCCAGUUGGCUCCUCCUUCUUCUUGGAAGUAAGGCAGCUCCAGCAGCUCUUCACAGGACAGCCGGAGAGAAGGGUCCAUCACCAGGCAUGACUGACCACAAGAAGACACACAGAGUAAGGAUGGUGGAAGCUUGUCUGUCUCAAAGACUUUGGGGUUUGCCACAGCUCUCAUUUAUGACUUCACAGUCAAUGAUGAGAAAGCAGAAGAUGUUGCACUCCCGUGCUCAGAGACACACAGACACCUUGAGGUGUUGGCAUCGAGGCCUUGUGGUGAAGGCUCUGAAAUGCCCCAUGGCAGACAGGUGGCAGUGCACACCCAUCAAAGCUCUCACAGAGCAGCAAAACAGGACAAGUUGCAGUUAGAUUUGUUGAUAUAUGAUAGUCACAGUCAUUUUGUUCUCACCUUCCUAUCAUUAACAGUAAUCAGAGAUAGAGUGUCGAUGACACUGUGGGACAAACCGUCAAUGGUAUCUGUUUGUGUUGUUGUCAUAGUAUAUAAGGGGAUUUUUACCUUGGAUUUCCUUCUAAUAAAUGUCACCAUUCAUUGCCAGUGUUUAAUGAGUAGCUUAUUAUUCGGAAAUGACCCAUUGAAUGGAAAAUCAUCGGAAACACAACCUGAAAAAUUCCAAGAACAAAGACUGUACAAUAGUAGUUUACUAUCUUUACUUCCACGUUGAAUCAUCUCUAAGACAGACAUAUGAUAGAAACCAUCACUGGUUUGUUUUAGUCUUGCCUUCCUUUUGAAAAUACACAAUCCAACCUCUAAAAAGCACCCAGACCUAGGACAGUGCACCACACAGUCCAGCCCUGUUGGCCCUCUUCAUCCCUUGAACUUUACCGAUCUACUUUUAGACAUUUAGUCUCAAGUGGCUCUUUCUUUGGCCUGGCAGGCGUUCACCUUCACAGCCACCAGGUAAAUUUGUCUGCCAGUUUGGCAAGACUCUAGUACCAUGCGUGGUUUAUUGACUUGUCAGUCAUCACUGUCUCAGGAGCAGACAGGCCAGACAGUGAGAGAGAGCUGGUGCCUCUAAAGUGAGUUAUUCAGUGUGUUCAGCUUCUGGCUUCCUGAUGUGGACACAGGGCAGGCAGCAGAGCUCUGUUAAACAGCAGAUGUUUUACACUGCGGCCGUUACCCUCAUUUCCUGGGCGGAGAGCUGCUCGCUCUAUUAGACGAGUAACAGGAACCAGAAAAAAAGAAGAGUUAGGGGGAGAGAGAGAGAAAGAGGCAGAGCAAGUGAGUGCGAGAGAAAAGUUAGCUGAGCUCAGAGCUCACACAAAUCACUUUGUCACCAGCAAGCUCUGACAAGCACCAGGAGAGAGAGCUCACCAGGCAGCAAGGCAGGGAGUUAAAUAGAGGUGCCAAUAGGGAGUUGUGUUAGAGGAGACUCAAGAGGGAAGGUAUGAAGGAGUUGCAGAGGGCAUAAACAAGGUGAUACCGAUGGAUGGAUAGAGGAGGAGAGGACAGACACGAGAGCACAGUCCCGAUUCCCAAAACAGCGUAAGCUGAGGACUGCUACUGCUGCCGUUACUGCUGCUGUCUGGAUGGUACUCUCAUUUAAAGAAGAAGGUGUGUCAAAUUUAUACGUUUUGUUACAGGAGGAGAGUCUUUGAUUGACGGAAGUUUUGCUGUGUUUUUAUCUUUUAUGAUACAGUUAUGGAGACAUCAGCGCUGUGUUUGAAGUAGGCAUGAGUUGGAGGUUUUGUAGGCAAUUACGGGUGAACAGCAGCUGUACACAGAUCACAUGCUGUUAUUGCUAAAAAGAGGUAGUCAGAGUGGAGAGUGAUACAAGUUUAGCAGAUGUUUUUUGUGUUUAAGGUUUGUGACUGGGGUAUAAUAAGUUAGUGAGAUAUUUAAAUACAACGGCAUCCUUUUUUCUCCAGCACCAUAGAUAUCUGAUUAGCUCUGGGCUGACUCAAAGCCCCCGAGAGCUCAAUCUGGGCUGUAAAGGAAGCCAGAGGUCAUCUGAUCAAACUUCAAAAACGGCAAACAGUGAAAUAGGAAGGACAUUUUUCUACUCUGAGAACAAGACGCGUUACUGCUAUUUUCUCUUCCUUGGACACAUUUCGAGAGGGCCUAUCUGGCACUAUAUACAAAAACAAUAGUCUUAAACAAAUUGAGAAGAGACCUUUUGGGACAAGGAGGACAGGAACCGAAAGCCUUUGGCUCUGCUAACGACACAUUUUCAUUUUGUGUCAGUGGGGAGAGAGAGACUGCCGGGUGAACAGUACAGCACUGAGCCGACACGUGGAGAUGUAUACAGUAUAGCUGCUUCAAGGAAAACAGAAUUCAGUUUAAUAUUGUGCGUGGAGGCUUGAAAUCAUACCAAUUACAAGGUAAUCUGUGAGCGCAUAACUAGCUCUGUUGGAUAUCUGAGUCCUAGAUUAUUUUGGACUGAUCAGUGUUGUCUGAGCCUCAGGGGCGCUGUCUGUGUACAUGUUUGGCUGGACUCUGUUCACAUUUGACAGCUCCACUCAGCGUCUGGGACGUCAUUGUGUUACCUGUGUGGCUGAGUCAGAGGCUGGCUCAUCACUCGAUGUCUGUCUGCCUACUAGGAUUCUUUCCACCUGCUUCUAUGCAAAGAAGACACAAGUGUUAGGUAGUUUUCACAGCAGCAGCGACAGCAGUGGCACCAGUAUCCCUGAAAUUUCAGGACUCUCCACAGUGCUUUAAUUGUGUUGUCGUGUGUAAACACCUUGAGUCACUCACACCUCACUACAGAGUGAUUCACUGUUGCCAAAGCAUCCCUGCUCAGAGACGGGCAGUGAAAGAAAAAGUGAGAGAGGAUUUGUGAAGAACCAAAGUGCACAAGUGCGCAGUCAGGUUGGCACCAUGAAGCUGAUAUUCUUGAUGUUCAUGGUUGUGUACACGGUGGGCAAAGUAAGCGGUAUGUCUACAUGUAAGACGCUGGACUUGGAGAUGGUGAAGAAAAAGCGCAUCGAGGCCAUCAGGAGCCAGAUCCUUAGCAAACUGCGCUUACCAACAGAGCCUCAUCAGGCUGGAGACGAGGAGGAAAUCCCUAGCACCCUGUUGUCCCUCUACAACAGCACCAAGGAGAUGCUGAAGGAGCAGCAGACUGAGGUCCAGACCGACAUCUCCAUGGAGCAGGAGGAGGAGGAGUACUUUGCCAAGGUGGUGCACAAGUUCAACAUGACCAAUCUGCAGAGGACCCUCCAAAACGUCUCGAUGUCUUUCAACAUCUCUGAUAUACGAGGAAGUAUUGGAGAUUACCGCCUGCUGACCACUGCAGAGCUACGGAUACUCAUCAAGACAACCGCGAUACUUGUUGAGCAGCGAGUGGAGCUGUACCAGGGUCUGGGUACCUCCGCCCGCUACCUCGCCUCACGCUUCAUCACCAACAAGUGGAAAGACAAAUGGCUGUCUUUUGAUGUCACAGAGACGCUUCAGAAAUGGCUCGAAGGAAACGAUGAUGAGCAGGGUUUCCAACUUCGGCUGUACUGUGAAUGCGGCCAGGCUAGCGACGCCAGUAGCUUCAAUUUUGACAUCUCUGGGAUGACGAAGGGUAGGGGAGACAAAGCAGUGUUAGAUGAUUUGACGAAGCAACCACCAUACAUCCUGACCAUGUCUAUCCCCCAAAACGUCAGCAGCCACCUCACCUCACGCAAAAAACGCUCCACGGACACAAAGGACACCUGCACAGCCCAAACAGAGACUUGCUGCGUGAGGAGCUUGUACAUCGACUUCAGGAAAGAUCUGGGGUGGAAAUGGAUACAUAAACCAACUGGCUACCAUGCCAACUACUGCAUGGGAUCCUGCACUUACAUCUGGAAUACUGAAAACAAAUAUUCUCAGAUUUUGGCCUUGUAUAAGCAUCACAACCCAGGAGCCUCUGCCCAGCCCUGCUGUGUUCCUCAGGCACUGGAGCCACUGCCAAUCCUCUACUACGUGGGCAGGCAACACAAGGUGGAGCAGCUGUCCAAUAUGAUUGUGAAGUCCUGCAAGUGUAGCUAAAAAAAUACAGCAUGGCACUGUGCUCUGCCUCUCCUCAAACACAUACAGAGAUGGAAGAGGUCGUGUUUGAGACCACAGAGAGGAGCAUGUGGCAGAGAUGAGGAGGACGAGAGAAAUGUGGACAAGGGGAACAUAAUAUUUAAAGUCAUUAGGAUUUUGGUGGUCCACUUUUCCUCCUGCGGACUCUGCAUUAUCAUGUUGAACGCACAUCAAACCAUGGACGUCUUUAUUUAGAUAUUAUAGAUCUUCUUUUCUAUGUGUAUAUACUUUUUCUUUGCAGUAGUAAAAUAUCUGUCUUGAAAUGAACUAAUUUAUUUGUUGGCGAGACAGAUCUGUAAAGAAGUGAUAUACAUGUAUAAAAGUAUGACAGCUUGACAUGAAAAAAGGAGUAAAAUGAUUUAUUAGAAUCAGAAAAGUUGGGUAAAUGAUGCCAAAGGACAUGUGGCCCAGAAUGACCACGAUGGAAGAACGCUUUUGUUUUCACAGAUGAUUGUCUGGGGCAUUUCAGUCUUCCUAAUGAAGUCAUAGUUAAAGGUGCUAAAUCCCAGGUAUGAAACACAGUGGUUGUUGGGGUUUUCCUGGAAGAUAAUGCCAGCAUGAGAGUUACACCGUAAAGGACAGCAGACAACCACAGGGACAGUCCGACCUGGGGAAACUCCCUCUGACUGAGCGACUGGAGUUGUCAGCCAACUGAGCAACGUUUCACACGAACCGUCCAUCAGUUCUGUUUGUUUUUCAACCCAUGUGAUUUAUACAAUGCUUUUUAUGUCACUGUGUUUGUGUUCAUAAUUGAAUGUCAGCCUGUCCUCACGAAGCCUCCCCUGCUGUCAGAGCCAUGAGUAAUAUCAGCGGUUGUGAUGAGAGUGAUGACACCAUGUUUUUCUCUCUCUCAGGAUUUACAGACAGUUAGUUGUCUUUAGAUGGUGAGGGUCAGGGGGUGUGGUUGUGGUGUUGGUUACAGGGAAACCAUUCAGACGUAAUACACACAUUUGCUGUUUUUAUUUUUAUUUUUUUAAUCACUGCAGUAAAUUAGGGGCAAUGUAUUGCCUUUUAUUUCAGGACAAGGUUUUACUUUCAUCCGAAGUGUGACGCUUUUUGUACUACUUGAGAUUUAAUUCAGCUUCUAUGAUAUGUUUUAGGAACAAAGCCAAGAUUUUUUCAGUUUACCGUAUUUUUUAUUAGUGCGCUUACGAUUUGAAAUUUGCUUUUGUAAAUAUUUAAAACAUUUGAAAUAAAAGUUGAAGUUAAAUUAUCACGUCA